AUGGUGGAUCAAGAAAUUACUUCUAUGGAACGGGCGAAUUCUGAUUCUGGAGGAACCAAAGACGAUAUUGUACACCGACGCUUCGUUCUCCGGCUGGGGCGUGUCCCGCCUGUCCCGGGAAGAUUGCGUAAUACAUGGAAGAUCGUUAUCUUCAUAUCAACGAAGAAUCAGAUUUAUAUACGAAGAUAUAAUUUUAUUUUCGCUAAGACAAAGGAACACAGUAUUUGUAUGCAUAUUUUAAAACCGAAGAGGAUCUUGGAUGGGCGGUUACAAAAGGUGGGAAAAAAAGAGGGUAACAAGCGCGACGUAGUGGAUGACGAUUCAAAAGAUACAUGGUUAUAUGCAUUUGUAUUUUCGCAAAUGGUUAUCGCCAAAUGUAUUAUUUUCAUCUUUGGUGAUGUUCAACAAGGAAUUGAGUUUAUUUUGAAAAAAAUUUAUUAG